AUGCUAUUCGACAUAUUUCUACUGUUGAAAAUCACCAAAUACUUAAUCGGAGGGAAAGGCGGGAGCCUGAACAGGGGGCUUGACCUACAUGCAAGCUUUUAUUUGCUACAAGGAGUUACUCUAGCCUCCACUGUAAUGCCCACUUUGGUUUUUGUCUCAAUAGCUUUGAGGAAUUCCACCCACAACACCCCCCCCGCGCUUUUCUUCCGUACCCGUAGUACAUAUGGUUGA